UUUUAAAACAAAAAUGUCUUAGGCAGAGAGGAGAGCUCAGGAACCCUAAAAAUCAAGCCCGACAUUAAUCCACCGGCGUUCUUCAGCCUGCUAUGUUCAUCGUUCCUUUUGCUGGCUUCCAGCCUCUAGAUAUCUAUGGAAGAACGAGCAUCAUUUGAUGUGUACAGGCGAGAUCUGCACUGCUGCCGAGAGAUUGUUAUGAGAAAGCGUAUGACUACAACCCUCGAGAAGUACCAGCGUUGCAAUUUAAAUCCAAUAGCUAACAGCAUCGGAACUGAAACACAGAAUUGGUGCCAAGAGGUCUCACUUCUAAAUGCAAAGUAUGAAUCCCUGCAACACACUCAAAGGCAUUUGCUUGGAGAGGAUCUUGGACCAUUGAGCUUGAAAGAACUGCAAAGUCUUGAGAAGCAGCUGGAAGGGGCUCUUGGACAAACAAGGCAUAGAAAGGUUAUGGUUGGCGACGGUGGUGUUAAUGAUAUUGAGAGAAACAAGCUGCCUUAAUUAGUUUAUGUAUCCCAUGAGAAGAGACCAGGAUACGAUCUUCACCAAAUGGCCCUAGAUUACAUGAUACAAUCUGCUCAUAAUGACCAGGAUAAUAAGGCUAUACCUCAUCACCAAGAAAAGUGUUGAAUAGCUUGUUGAUCCUUCGCUUGCCGUUGUGUACGAUGCAGAGCAGAUGAAUCCCAUGCUUGUAGUUGCUUCUAUGUAGGGACUUGACGUCUUCGCUUGGAGACCCUUGAUUAUAUCCAAGUAGUUUUGAUACUCUCAAUUACUCCCUCUGUCCCAUUUUAACUGAUGUUUGACUUUUUGACACGUAUAUUGAGGUGUAAAAAAAUAGUAUCUACGCUUAAUAAAAAGAUUUAAUUCUUAUAUCAAAUAAAAGUUUAGAUUCUAAACUUUUAUUUGAUAUAAAUUUUAUAAACAAUAAUUAUGUUUAGAUGUGAUUUUUUUAACACCUUAAAAUACGUGUAAAAAAGUCAAAAGCAGUUAAAAUGGGACGGAGGGAGUAUAGU